AUGAGCUGGGGUAAGCGUUCUCAUCAUGUUUUGAAUUUGGCAUUCUUAUUGGCAGUUUUGGUGACGAUUGUUGUUGCGGUGCCAACUUCAGUAUUGGUGCAAAACUCUGAAGUGACGUCUAAUAUCAAUGCGGCUAACAACGGCCACAAUUUCAUGACGAAAGUUAAACGUUCUUCCAAUAAUGCAAACGAAUUAAUGUCCAAAGUAGCUUCAAAUGAGGCAGCCCCUACAUCGGCCAACAAAAAAUCCAGUCCUGAAGUACUUCCGCCGGCCUAUAACAUGCCCCUGGCAUCGCAACAGUCGACCGGAAAUAACUUGUCGAAUGGUGAAAAAGUCAACGACGGCACUAACACUAAAACCAAUUCCAAUUUUGAUCGACAAACAGCUGGCACACUACCCAUGCAAUCAAAUGAAGACAUUAUUAACUCUGCCAUUGCUGCUGGCCUCACUGCUGCAGCAGUGGAAGCGGCAGCCGCUGCGAGUCAACGAGAAAUGGCGGAACAGCAAUUGAAGCAACAAGCUCAACCGUAUGGAGAUGAAAAUUCGCAAACACUUUUGCACAAGCGUGGAAUCUCUUCACCGCAGUAUAUCUACGGCGGAAUGGGAGGAAUGGGUAUGGGUGGAGCUUAUGGUUAUGGUAAUGUCAAUGGUAAUGACAAAGGAAAUGGUUAUGAAAGUGGUAACAACGGCAACAGUGGCUAUGGUGGUGGAGAUUACUUUAAUAACCCAUAUUUAAAUACUGCCUACCAAGUUGGGAGCGGAGUUGGAAUACCAACAGUACCAACAGGCUUUUGGGCUGACGAAAUGGAUCCUUCCGUUGUUUAUACCGAUAUUCAAGACGAAGAUUUCUUGAACUCUCCACGAGCUUCUUCCUACCGCAACAAGGCUUACGACAAUUUACAAAACAUCCUUAACUCUGAGGCGUAUCCAGAGCCAAUGGCAUUGUCACUGCCACAGCCGCAAUACACGAGCCGGUAUUAUGGCGCCAUUAAUGAUAAUAAGCGCUCGAAUAGAUACGACAACGGCAAUAAUGGCGGCAGUAGCAGCAGCAGCGGCAGGGCGACCAGCCGGUUCACGGAUAUGAGAUUAAAGCGGGAUACUAAACUUACACCAGCCGAUAUGUUGGCUCUGGUUGCAUUAGUGGAGGCAGGGGAACGGGCCAGAAAGGAUACAGAUACCGAGAUACCAAGCAACAACAACUAUAUGUACCCAUCGUCUGGCAUUGCGGCUGCGUCUGAGCCAUACAAUAACUACAAUGGCGUUAAAACUUAUUAUCCGACAACAGCUAACAUGGAUGGAUCGGAAAAUGGUGCUUCAUGGUUAGAACCAAACAUGAUGGACUACUAUGCCAUGCCAAUGAAUAUGGAAACAAUACCUAAAUACGAACUACAAAGGGAACAUAAAUACGGAGGAGCACUAGCUGGCGGCAACGGAAAUCGCUUUGGCAUCAAACGUUUCAUGGUAUCCAAGAAGAAUCGUCCCAUGGGCAAUUUCCUAAACGAGCCGGUGUCCAAGCCCAGUAUGAGUUAUAAUGUCAACAGCGAAAAGUUUUAUUAAAAGUUUAUAAAUGCACCUAAAAUUACGGAUGAUCCCGUCUAAAAAGGAAGCCCACUAAACACUUCAUCAUAUAAAACUAUUAUAUUACAUAUAGAAACACAACGGUAUUGAGGUACAACUACAUAUAUGCUUAUGUAUACAAUUGUAAUAUAAUAUAUGUAUACAGAAAAGAAACCUUGAGACAUUAUAUUCUACGAUUUUCCAACUUGAUUUACGAAAAUAUUGAUUUUAUGUGCUUCGAGAGCAUAUAAGCUUGAUACGUAGAUUUGCAUAAAUCGCGUUUCAUUCUGAAAUAUUCAGAGCAUGAAAUAUUUACGUUUCUUCGAUUAUGAGUAAUGUUAUUUAUAUUGGAUAAAAGUCAGUGGUUUAUGACAUACAUACAAUUUGCUAUUUAUAUACUUAUUCAAAUAUUUCAAAUUGUGUAUUACACAGUUACAUACAUAAAAGUAAGAAAUAUUCCAGAUGUUUUAUUUCAAAAAAAUCUGAACUAGCAAAAAUUUAAGAUUUUCAGAAUUUAACACAAACUGUGUUUUCUGGAUAUGUGUAUGUAUGUGUUCGAUUCCAUUUAUUCCACUGUUUUAAUAAUACAUGUACACAUAAAUAUAUAAAAUACAUUACAUUAUUAUCGGAUAACACAAUUUGAUUCAUGUCAGCCAAAAUAAGAUAUUUUAUUCAACUAGAUGUUACAUUACCUACAUACAAAUAAAUAUAGUAAAAGAAGUAUAAGGAUAUCAUAAAUGUAUGUAUUCAAAUUCAGUUUUAUUUUAAGUAUGAAACUAAAAAAUCUCACUUACAAUAAAUAAUCUACGGGUGUUUAAAGCUCACAAUUGUAUGUAUGUAUAUGCGGAGGGUAAUAAUUGUUGGGGAAUACGAGUAUAAUCAAAAAAUCAGAAAAAACAAAAAUGUAAUAUGUAGCUCCAUGAUUUUAAUGAAAAAAACAACUUUAUUCUAUGUGUAAGUUGCACAAUAAUUUUGAGCCAACAAUUUGUGUUCAGUUGUGUUCAGUUUCUUAAUUUUUGUAUUUACAUAUUUCCAAAACCCAGCGACUGCACAAAAAUAUCCAUAUAUGUAAAUGUGUGUAAUGCAAUAAUCCCUUUAACAUAAUCUAUGAACGUUGCAAACUAAUCUCACAUACAUGUUAUAUGUAUAUGUAUAUACAGAUGUAUAAGUGAAUAGAUUCGUAUGUAUGUGUAUGUAUAAAUAAUAUAGCUUAAGAAUAUAAUAUACACAUUUCCUUAAGUCUUUUCCAUUUCCAUGCGUGAAAUGAAAGCAGUGAUAUUCAUAUGUUAAAUUCGAUUAUUUUAAACACACUUUAUUUAACUGAUGAGAAACUGAAACUUCCAUAUCCUAACUCUUUGUACUUUUGUAAAAUACCUAUAUGUAUUAAUUAACUUAACUGAAAACAUUUUUAAGCUUUACUUCAAAUAAAUUUAUUAAACUACUUUCAGUUGAAAUGUCAA